AAGUCCCGGACGAUGCUUCAGUCGCGUUUCGCGCGCGUAUCUGGCAAGUACAAGCCACUGUAUACUCCUCUCGCUCGGUAUUCCCUCCUAUACUCUUACCUUUAAGUAUCCGUGCAUUAGUGCGAAACUUGUUGCUGCAGAUGUGCGGAUGUCUUCUUUUUUGUCCUAGCAGUGCGGUAAAAUUUGACGAUCGGGGGUGUGUUAUAAUUAUUGCUUCACGAUAAGACAUCUGGCGCCGAUAUUUGUAUAUGUAACGUAUCACUGAGUGCGCGAGUGUGGGUGUGAAAUCCGACGGAGGAAGAGACUUCGAAUUCCCGCGCGGAAGAUAUACAUCGCAGCGUGACGCGCUAUGUGUUUGAGGAAUUGUCGGUACAGCUGAAUUUUCGCUUAUUAUGGAUCGUGGAUGGCCAAGAUGAUGCGCGCUAAGACAUGGCUACAGGCGACGUAAGCAGCAGCAGCAUCGGAAUCAGCUCGCCGAGUAGUCCCGAACAUCAUUCGCGCAAAAAGAGGGCGAGAAGCUGCAGCGGACAGGUCUGCCAUCAUCAGCGUUUACGGGGAUGUGCCGCUGAGUCGUCGCGGCUUUGCUGAGUCGGCUUUUUGGCCCCAAGGAAUAGAAGGUGCUCGUCAUCAGGAUGGAUUUCCAACUCCCCUCGGAGACAUGGGUCAGUGCAUCGACGUGGCCAAUCGAGACGGCUCUCGGUGGUAUACUCGACGCGAGCAUCGUGGGCUACCUCAGCACCGAGGUGUCGACGCUGAACAACAUCAGCCGGAUAAUCGAGCGCAACAUCACCGACGAGAUCGACCCUUUCUACUUUUAUCAGACUGAACAAUUCACAGUUUUGUGGCUGCUGUUUUCUGUGAUCGUUGUUGGCAACACAUCAGUGCUGGUAGGUUUAAUAUUCGGCAAAAGAAGAAAGUCGCGGAUGAACUUCUUCAUAAAGCAGCUGGCAUUUGCAGAUUUAAUGGUGGGUUUAAUAUCAGUCCUGACGGAUAUCGUAUGGCGAUCGACGGUCGCCUGGUACGCCGGUAACGUCGCCUGCAAGAUAAUCAGGUUCAUGCAGGUCGUCGUCACCUACAGCUCUACCUACGUCCUCGUCGCCCUUUCCAUUGACAGAUACGACGCGAUAACACGACCGAUGAACUUCUCCAGGAGCUGGUGCAGAGCGAGGGCUCUGGUCACAGCUGCCUGGAGCAUCUCCGUACUUUUCAGCGUGCCGAUAAUUUUCCUCUACGAGGAGAGAAUAGUCGAGGGUAAAAAUCAGUGCUGGAUAGAGUUGGGCUCACCGGCGAACUGGCGCAUCUAUAUGACCGUGGUCUGCUUGACGCUGUUCAUCAUACCGGCCAUUAUAAUCGGCGGUUGCUACAUGGUCAUCGUCUGGACGAUAUGGUCGCAGAGCAGCGCGCUGAGGCACGAUCCCACGAGGGACACGAGAAGAGCGUCGUCUCGAGGCCUCAUUCCCAGAGCCAAAAUCAAAACGGUCAAGAUGACGUUCGUCAUUGUGUUCGUGUUUAUCUUGUGCUGGAGCCCCUACAUCGUGUUUGAUCUCCUGCAAGUUUACGGACACGUUCCACGAUCGCAGACAAACAUAGCGGUCGCCACUUUCAUACAAAGUCUGGCGCCACUAAACUCUGCAGCGAAUCCAAUCAUUUACUGCCUUUUCAGCACACCUUUCUGCAAAACUGUGAGUAACAUGCAAGCGGUUUCCUGGUUCUCAGGCCUCUGCCCAUCUAAUCCGCAUCUCUGCUUCGGCACGAACACACACGGCAACAGUACCAGAACAACCGUCACGACCUCACUGACAGCCCACUCGUCCCGGCGCAGUGGCCACAUCUCCAUGCUUCACCCGUCGUCCAGAAAGCGCGUCAUGGUCUCGCUGGUCUAACGGCCCAUUGUUCAGGGUCUGGCUUGAAGUCUAAUAGAAUUACAAAGCAACAGCAGCAGCAGCAACGACCAGCAGAAGGCAUCAGCAUCGAGGAAAAGGGAGCUGAGCCACACGCCGGCGUUUUUUUAUACGGACAGCUGCGAAGCCGAGCGCCGUCGACGUAUUUUUCUCGUCGUACGACUCUCUGUAUAUAAGUGUACAUACUUAUACAUCCGUGUGCCUGUGCGUCCGCGUAUGUGUGUGAGACCUGUGUAUAGGUAUAUAAUAUAGGAUAAGACGCCCUCUCGGAAUUUUUUGCGGCUGUCUCUUUCACUCGUUCGUCUUAGCUCGUUUUUCCCCUCUGUUUGGGAAAACUGUUCUGACGAAAAGUCGCUACUUCGCGGCGUGUAUUAUUACGAUAUUUUUGCAUACUAAGUUCGCGCGGACGGUUGCAUGUGGCGAAGACGCGAUAACGUCCUCGAAAUGUGUAUGCGCUGGAAAGUGAUACAUAUACACAUAUUCCUUGGGACGUGACACAUCAUUUUGCACUCGAGCUACCAGAUAGGAUAGGAAAUCCAUUAUAUCGUUCGCUUGUGAUUCAAUGAUAUGCAAAUUCGACAUUUCCACGGGGGGACUGAAUAUUGUACUCGGCGUGGCGGCGGAAGCUUGAUGUUUUGUUGAGAAAGAAACACGGGGUUUUCCGGGUAACUGUGUUAUAUACCUACUGCCUUGCGUUAUGAUAAUCGUAACUUCGAUGUUUGCGGGGGAUUAGGUUGUAUGAUGUAUCGUACGUGUGUAUAGAGCUUGAGAUUAUGAGUAGAAAGUGAUUGGAAGUGGUUAUAGACAAGUUUUUUUGUUUACGUUUGAAUUUAAUAAAUUAUUUCCCAGGAUACGUAGGUGCGGUAUGUUUUUUAGAUUGAUAUUAAUUUCUCUAUAGUUAUACUACUGAUUUUUAACUGAUGCGGAGUAUCAAAUAAGAAACAACCGUUUGACAGUUUAUCGAUUCACAAAACCAUAACUAUUGUUCCAAACUAUGACCGCGCAAGGAUCAAGCUCCUGUGUUGAAAACCAUAUAAAAAAUUCGUCAAAUACUUUAUUGCAGAAUACAAAAAAAAAAUUGCAAUGAAACCAAGCAAGGCUCAAGUCGCGAGACUCGAGGAGACGAGUUACAUUUUUUCAAAAUCUCCACAACAGGCAAGCGCGUCUUUUCGAGCUCAGGUUGCAUCCUCAGUCUACACCCACAUAUAGUAGUGCGCACCAGCUAAAGUAGCAUCCAUACACGCGUAUAAUCCUGCAUAGAAUCCAUCGCGACUAGCAUACGUACACACGGAGACAAAUUUGGCUUAAAGGGAAUGAAUGAGGCCAUACGCGCGCGUUCUUGUCAUUCGCAUGCGCGAACCCAAUACCUCCUCCUCUCUUUCUCGCGUCAUAAAUAUAAUACGUCGGCAGAGAGCGUGAACUGGAGGAAAAGAUAUUUGGAUAAAGCAGGAAGUCGAGAGAGAGAGAGAGAGAGAGAGAGAGAGAGAGCCGACGCAGCUUGCGAGGGAGGAGAUAACGAAGAAGACGCUGCUGCUGCUCGAGGGCUGCGUCUUUUGCGAAGUAGGAGGAGGAGAGGAAAUGAAAAAAGGCAAGAGAGAGAGAGAGAGAGAGAGAGAGAGAGAGAGAGAGAGAGAGAGAGAGAGAGAGAGAGAGGUCCACCCUUGGAAGUUUUUACGCGGCUGCAUAUUCCGGCGGCCGUAAAGCGUUGGGAGUAAGUGUGUUGUUCGCAUGCACUCUUUUAUCUAUGGUUCGCGCGAAGGAGAUCAUUCGGAUCGGUUUUUCCAGGAAUGUUUUAUUGGAAAUGGGCUUGCGGGCUUUCAACGCUAAGAGGGGAGGUCAAUUUGGAUGCUUGUGAAAGGGUUUAUUGCGUUAGGAAUGAACAGAUAUUCCAUAUAGGGAUUGUAUUUGGCUAUGGUUAGCCAUUGUUUCUGCUUUUUUUAUUGGUUUUUUUUCAACAUUCCAUUUCAAUAUCGUACAAAGUCGAUGGAUUCAAAAAUAUAUUUGUUUAUCAUAGAAGAAGGAAAAAAUUUGAUUACUUUAAUCAUGAACUGUACGCUAUAAGUUUCAACUUCAAUUAGACCGGAAGAUCUAUUUAUAUUCUCUCCAAUUUUAAACAUCAUAAAAUUUAUCCCAUUUCAACGCAGCUACUGCCCGAAAGCUUUAUCUUUAACUUAUGGAAUAUCAUGGCUUGAUAUCACAUGAGUCAUCAUUAAUAUCUUCCAAAUCAUACUAGUGCACUAUAAAUAAAUUAUUAAUAUUCUCUAAAAUGACAAGAGAAUUAUGAUCAAACACGCUAUAAUAAAUAUAUCCUCAAAGAGUUAUCUCAUCAAUUACAAGCUCUAAAAUAAUACACCAAAGAGGAAUCUACCAUCCCCGCGUUCAAUCGCGCACUAUAAGCAAGAAAAGUACGAAGCACUUUCUAAGCGUCGUCUUUUUCUCCCGGCGCGUGGCAAACGAGAUAAGCGUGUAGAGGGGAAAGCGUAGCCUGUCGCAAAAAAAGGAAAUGAAAAAUACGCACAAAAAGAGGCGCGCGGGGGCGAGUAAAAGUGACAGUAACAGAAAUAAAGUUCGCGAGCGAGAAAAAUCCGAGAGGGCAGAAUACAAAGAUAGAGAUAGUGUGUACGAAGAAGAAAAAAGAGAGAAAGAGAGAGGCGGAAGAAGGAUACGUGCCGUAGUAGAAUCGGAUAAAAAAUCGCGCGGCUCUGCGUCAUCGAGGCUGUUUUUUUUCUGAGAGGGCGACGGCGAGUGUACAGCUGCUAGACUCGCGUCGUUCCUCAUACGUACUAUAAUAUACUAUAUGUGUCUAUACACACGCAUGUGUGUGAAAGGGUUUCGAGAGAUAAAGAAGAAGCGGGAUUAGGCGUGAGGGCUAGAAAACGAUAUGCUUUCGCGGAAGUGAGCUUUCAGCGCGCUGCUCGUCUUCUUACAUUUAUUUUCGGCCCUUUGCCGCGCAAAAGCGCAGCCGAUACUCGAGCAAUAUGUUUUCCUUAUCUCGCGCCCGUUAUAUAUACGUACAUAAUGCCGGCAUUCGCUGAUUUAUGUUCGGAGAUUAAUUGAGCGAUCCUUAUAUUGGAUGGAAAUUUCGCCUCUUUAUCGAUGGAACUUGUUUUUCGAGGCAACGUCAGCAUAUAAAGUGUUAUAACUACUGUCUUCUUAAGUAGAAUAAGGUAUGUUAUGAUGGGACGCGUGACGAGCACUGCGGAUGUCAAUGCAAUAUGAUUGAUUGUGGAUUAUUUUUAUUAUGUUAUUUUCUGCGCGUGAUUUGUUUAGUUCGGGAGAAGAGGGGGGUUGUAGGGAUAUGUCUUACGGAUUGUGUAUUGAAAUGUUCUGACAAUAAAUAUUCAGUAGUGUCAAAAGAUCUAAA